AUGAGCGGCAUCGCAAGAUCCAAAUUGGAGGCUGAAUCUCAUCUUGAAGGCCUCAGAAUGAAAAGAGGCUUUCAUGGGGCUAACCAAAAGACUCCGUGGUUGAUAUCGACGCUCCAACAAAGCCUUGACAUUGUGUCGCAUGAUCUAUACCAAACGCCGACCCAUUUUAUACUUGAACUUAUCCAAAAUGCAGACGACAACAUAUACCCACCCGAAGUUACGCCCAGCCUCACUUUGACUUUGUCAGGGGUAGAAUCUGCAACAUUACGCAUCGAUUGCAAUGAAGCUGGAUUCACUUUCGAACAAAUCGACGCCCUAGCAGGUAUAGGGGCCAGUACUAAGACGGCUAUCAGCCAUAGACAGCGAAGGUACAUAGGAGAGAAAGGUAUCGGAUUCAAGUCGGUUUUCAAAGCAGCAGAUGUUGUAAAGAUUGCCAGCGGCUACUACGAAUUUCGAUUCGAUCGGCGCGAAUCUCUGGGCAUGGUCCUACCAAUUGCAUCGCCUUUCCCAGUGGAACACCGCCUCUCAAAUCAUACCCAGUUCCUUCUACUACUCAAGGACAAACAAACACACCAAAGAAUUCGAGGUGAUCUGAGAGUUAUUGAGCCUCACCUUCUCAUAUUUCUCAGAAGGCUUCGUUGCCUGCGGAUACAGACAGAUGAUGGUCAAAGGGUAUUCCAGGUUCAAUAUGACAUGUCGAACGCCACCCUAGGGGAGAUAGUUACGAUAGCAACCAGCCAAGGAGUUGGAUGCAGUAGUUCCAAGACUGAUUUUAUAGUCGUCCGUUCUAGCUGCGAUCAAAUGCCCGGUAAUGAAAAGAGAAAGGGUGUUCAAACAACCGAAAUUACACUUGGUUUUCCUAUCGAUGGAUCUGAAAGACCGAAAAUUGGCAAACAGAAAGCUUUCGCUUUUCUCCCAGUUGACGACUUUGGCUUCAAGUUCCUCAUUCAUGCGGACUUUCUUCUUGUUGCUAGUCGGGAAGGUCUUGAUUAUGAUUGUCAAUGGAACGAGACACUUCAUAAAGCAAUUCGCAGGGCAUUCUUACUGGCAGUGAAACGGUUUGCAAGUGUGCCAGCCAGUGGACCGGGCCCAGGACUUCGAUACUUGUGGCCCAAAUACACAAAGCAUCAUCGCGCUUCACAUAAUUUCUGGAACCGGUUGCAUCAGGAUAUAUCGCAUGAUCUGCGAUACGAGCCCAUUUUGGAAUCAUGCGAUCUAUCUGAGUGCCAUAGAAGACCCACGGAGCUACGCUUUGUACCCCAUGACUUUCGGCAUGAAGGGCACGCGCUAUUUGACAGCCCGUCGCUACGCAAAACACACUUAUCAUUUCAAUAUGAUGAUGUGAUCGAAGAGCUAUCACCACUUGGGCUCCAGACCACUAGCAUCCAGGAUUUGUGCAACGACUUUUGCUCUUGGGUUCGGGAAGUCGGUGUCUCAGUACUUGCUACUAAAACACCAGAAUGGCAUAGAAAAGUUGUCUCUCUCUUCUGUGGUCACACAAACCUAAAAGACCAACUUUUGAGCCUUCCUAUCAUCCCCCUCCGGGAUGGCUCAUGGACAAGUGGAAGAAGGGCGCGCCUCUAUCAAGCGAUGGGAACUGGGGAUGAGUAUGUUCCUAGCGGUAUCAACAUUUCUAUUAUUGAGAGGAAUGCGUCUCAAGACCCAGAGAGACGUCGAUUUCACGACUUUUUGGGUAUUCCUGUCUAUAAUGCUAGGCAAGUCUGCACCUUGAUUCUGGAUUUGCAUGCCGGUACCCCGUCGAGCAUCGAGCAACGUGCUCCCGAGGACUUGGUCAAGGACGCAGUAUAUAUUUUCCGAAAAAGAGACGAGUUUGGCAGUGACAGGGCUUCGGACAUGUACUUUUCGGUCGUUAACCAAGGACACUACUCUCGUCGCAAGGACCAGAUCUACAUCAUCGACCACAAAUCACAACCCAGCCUCAUCGAGAAGUACAAAGAUACGCCUAAAAACCCAUUCUAUGUAUUGGAUGAGCUCUACAUGGAAUGCAUGAGAGGCGAUGACUUGAUCACUCAGAAGGUCUUUCUGGAAUGGUUGUUGAAAUCAUCAAGCAUCUCGACAGUUCCAAUCCUCCUCCGUGACCACUACACUACUCCUGAGUGGGUAUUUCUCAGAGAUACAGACGUGACAGAUCUAUUGGCAGUUCUUGAGCAGGCAUGCAAAUAUGGCACUCCUAGCCCAAGGCUCAUGCAGGCAGUCCCAGAGCUCCUUGUCAACUGCCGUGACGGGAACCGUCGUCCACUCGCUGAGUUAGCAAUACCGACCAAGGAAAUGCUGCGACUAUGUCCACAUCUUGACUUUGCAGACCUGAGAGAACCAGAGAGAUGGGUAUUUCUGUCCAAGUUUGGAAUUCUUACUCGGCCAAAUACAGUCGCAAUGUUAAGAGAACUGGAAUUGUUAGCAGACCUACCUGCUGAUUCGGUCGACAAGGAUGCGGUUCACGAAUGCUAUCGUGUGCUGAACAGGAGCUCUAAACAGGAACACAAUCUCAUCUCACAGGCAUUUUCCUCGAAGCCUCUAGUGUUCAAAGCCCGCCCCCAGCCAGCCUGGGUCAGACAGGACCUCUGCGUGUGGAACGCACCGCCAGUGUUGAAGCAUGUUACCAAACUAAUUACACGCUACGCAGACUGUCAGACAUUAUUUUUCUAUUGCCUCGGUAUUCAAUCCGCCAGCAUCAAGCACGUGGCAGAUGAACUCUGCACCGUCCAGGAAGGCAGUAAUGAGGAUGUUGCUCAGCGCUGUGAGGAGUUGCUGCUUAUUCUGGAACGUUACCUCUCACAAGAAACCGAGUUCACAGCGCAUCACUUUUUGCGGAUCAGACAUGCCAGAGUCUUUCCUGUUUCGGAGGCUGGGAAAGAACCCCAGGCUGUUGUUCUUCGAGCUUUGCAGGAUGACGAUUGGUAUAUUCCAGACAAAAUGACUUUAGAGAUGGACUUCCGAAAUAGAGUCAACCUCCUCGCAUUCUCCGUACGGUCCAUAGAAAAGCUCAAGUUUCUGUGGACAAAGCUCAAUUGCCAGCGACUGUUUCUCUCAGAAGCAGUCGAUGUAGCUAUAGAACCACGAGGAGAUAAAAGGCGGGAUCUAUCCAGGGAAGCGGAACUUCAAACCCGUGUUAGAUAUAUCUCCUGCUUGAAUACGUCGGUCACCACUGGACCUCCUCGAGUGCCACCAGUCCGCGUGUGGGGCAUCGACUCCAUCGUGAAGGUCAGCCGUCUCCAUUCGAUCAAGGUUGAGAGACACGAUACAUUGGUUACAUUUGAUGAGAAGGCAGACUUUACCGAGUUGUACUUUCUCAUGGCUACACCUGAAGAACACCGCGAGCAGGCCAUAUUUACACUUGCAGAUUUCUUUUGCCGCCGCUACGACAUCGUCUCUGAGGACAACAACCUUCUGAAUCAUUUAUUACGCGCUCCUGUCGAGGCCUUGGCAAGCAUCAUGCUGAGCAAUAACCGAUUCCCGCCAGAUGAUGACAUUCAUCGCCAUAAACCUGCCGAUGAACGUACGCCAGAUGAAAUGGAUCUGGAUGAUCUAGAGGAACUGGGGGAACAAGAGGGCGGACAUGUCCAGAGACAAUCUAAUUAUCCCAGCCCCCCGACUCAGUACUCUCUACGAGAUUUGGUUCCUUCACUUGCGUCGAGAUCGCAAAAAGUUACAGCAAGCGCUCAGAACUUUCGCAUAUCUAAACGAUUCAAACAACUAAGUUCACCCCAAGAAAGAGCGAAACGGGAAAGAUUGCAGAAAUCACUACUCGCUAUGGUAAACCCAUUAUCGACUCUAUCCGUAUUUUCAAUACAAGACGAUCCUCCAUGCUCAACUGCCCUAUCUAGGGAGAGACAUGAAGCCCCUCCCGAGUUGACUGCUCUUUCAACUGCUCAGCAAGUAAGAACAAGAGAAAUCGGGUCUCUGGGAGAGCUCUUUGUUCACACACUAUUUGGUCGGUAUAUCGACGACUGGUCUUUCGAAAACUGGACUAGUAAGUUGCGGGUUGAGAAUGGCUACCAACCCUUCACAUUACCAGAAGGCCAAUUCGCAGAUUUCACCUAUCUCGAUCGUUCGGGUGACAUGAGAGCAUUUCUUCAGGUGGCCGGUGUAGAACUGAAUCCAGAAUGGUCAAGAAGUACCACUUAUCAUGUCGAGGUGAAAACUACAACUAUGGAUGGUAAAGAACCGUUCUUCGUCAGCCAGAACCAAGUCAACAUGAUGCGAAGCUACGCUAAUGAUCCAAACAACGCGUAUAUCAUCAUGCGAGUGUCUCAGGUCAAUAACGAGAGUCCUGAGUUAAAGUGCUAUUCUAAUCCUUGGCUGCUGCAUCUUGAGGGCACGCUUCAGUUUGCAUCAGCGAGUGGGUAUCACGUCUACGAGACAAGGCUGUCAGCACCAACCCACGAUUAG